GUCAGUCGCGGGCGAGCGGCUGUGCCCAGGCCAUGCACUCCCUCACCCAGGAGAUCCGCAGCUUCUCCAAGGCCAACCUGCGGAAGCAGCGCACCCGCGUAACGACGCUGACCGGCCGCAGGAUCAUCGAGACGUGGCGCGGUGCCUGCCUGCAGGUGGAGGAGGAGGCGGAGGCAGCGCCCGGCGGCGGCUACGUGCAGGACUUAAGUGCCGAUCUCCAGGUCGGCGUCGUCAAGCCCUGGUUGCUGCUGGGGUCGCAGGAUGCUGCUCAUGACCUGGAGACCAUGAAGAAGUACAAGGUUACUCAUGUUCUAAAUGUGGCAUAUGGAGUCCAAAAUGCCUUCCUCAAUGACUUCAUAUACAAGACGAUUUCUAUUCUGGACCUCCCAGAAACUGAUAUUACCUCCUAUUUCCCAGAAUGUUUUGAGUUUAUUGAGAAAGCCAAGAUGCAGUUGUUACUGUGUUUCAUUUGUUUCUUGAAGGAUGGUGUGGUACUGGUGCACUGUAAUGCAGGAGUCUCCCGUGCAGCAGCAAUAGUCACUGGCUUUCUAAUGAGUUCAGAGAGACUGAGUUUUGCUAGAGCCUUUUCCUUGGUGAAAAAUGCAAGGCCUGCAGCUUGUCCAAAUCCUGGCUUCAUGGAGCAGCUUCACAAGUACCAAGAACAGAAUAUAAAGGCAAAUGGAAGUAUAAAUGAUCAUGACUGAUUAAAAGGGAGAAGUGACACAGCCUGUUUGACUACACAGUAACAAAUGUUGGAUGUACUUUAAUCUGUCAUUUUGCAGUCCCCUUUCACAUGUGCAUUUUGAAGUAUACAUAUUUUUUUUUCCUACUCCCCGCUUUGACAUCCUUUUUUUUCAGUGUAUAGGCUAAAGGCCAAAUGGUUUUCCACUAACUUUAGAGGUGAUAUUCCCCAAGGACAAGCUCUUCCUAAGGUGCUAAUAAAAAGAUAAAGUUAAAUUUUCCUUGAAGUAUUAGAAAAAAAUGGUCUUUUCGAAUUGAAUCAUCACAGAAAAUGCAGGCAGUAGGGAUAGGAGAUAAAAUAAUUGAGAUAAGUUGCCCUGUUUAGGCAACUCUUCCAGUUGUUUCAACCAAAUUGAUGCAUCCUAGUUAUUUUAUUAUUUAGAUUUUACAACUGUUCAUAUAAAAAGUACCUAGAUAUUGGAUUUAAAAUUUAUAAUGCAACCAAAGAGGAUUUAAUGAAAUUUUCUGGGCUAGUCAGCCAUUAAAUAUUUUUGGAAAUUAAAACGUAUGGUCUUUUGAGGAUGCUUAAAAUGUGUAGGAUGCUUUAAUGCUUCGUGUCUUUCACUACUUAAUGAGAAACGGUAGAUUUGAAGUGCACUAAUAUGAUGUUUUCUAUGUGCUAGAACCAGCCUAUCAGGGUUCAGGGUUCCUUUGAAGAUCAUUUUGGUGGAGAUAUGAAAAAUAUUUAGAACAACCUAUCUCUGACUUGCUGCUACUGCUGCUUCUUUGCAUUUGGUCCUCAUCUGCUGUUCCCUCACUCCAUUUGCACUCAUGUAUAAAGAACAGACAUCAUAGGAUAGGUAACUUUGACUCUCCUGACAGAUCUCAGGUUGGAAUUACUGUCCUAAGAUAGUGUGUUGAAAGGACAAAAAAAAAAAACCUGUGAAAGAAUGUAAUAGUAUUUAUUGUGGCCUUCAUAACAGCUCUAAAUGGUUUGAUAUAUUAAUAUACAAUAAAAGAACACAGUGUUUGGAUAA